AUGUCUGCAAGUGACGCCCUGGCUAGACGGCGGGUGGCAGGGGUGCACGCCCUCCUGCUCGAGCCGGACUCCUGUCUCCUGUCCCUGCAGAUGAGGCGGAGCCCCAGGAGGAAGCUGCUGCUGCUGCUGCUGCUGGCCUCGCUGCUGCUGGCGGAGCGCUGCCGCAGGCACCGAGAGGGAGAACUCCGGCUCUCAGACUGGUUCCACCCCAGGAGACGGCCUGACGUCGUGACGACCACGGGCUGGCUGGCCCCUGUCGUCUGGGAGGGCACUUUCGACAGGCGGGCCCUGCAGAGACACUACGGGACACAGAACCUCACGGUGGGCCUGGCCGUCUUUGCCCCCGGCAGGACUGCCUACCAGCACCUGGAGCGCUUCCUGCGCUCGGCGAACAAGCACUUCCUGGCCGGGCACCGGGUCGUCUUCUACGUCAUGGUGGACGACUGGUACGAGCUGCCGCCCCUGCAGCCCGCGCCCCUGCACACGUUCAGGGUCUUGACCAUCAGGCAGGACAUCUGGUGGCCCGACUUCAACGUCCUGCGCAUGAAGAACCUGGGCGACUACAUCCUCAGUCACAUCCAGGGGGAGGUGGACUUCCUCUUCAGCAUGAGCGUGGACCACGUCUUCCAGGGCGACGUCGGCGCGGAGAUCCUGGGCCCGGAGGUGGCCCAGCUCCACGCCUGGUGGUACUUUAAAGGCGGGAGGAAUCUCCCCUACGAGAGGAGGCCCGGGUCCGCUGCCUGCAUCCCGUUCGGAGAGGGGGACUACUUUUACGACGGCGCCUUGGUCGGGGGCACGCCCUCGCACGUCUUAGACCUGGUGGAAGCGUAUCUGACGGGCAUGGCUCACGACCUGAAGCGCGGGCUGAACAGCACCUACGAGAGACACCUGAACAAGUACUAUUUCCUGCACAAGCCCGCCAAGCUGCUGUCGCCAGAGUACAGCUGGGACGCGGCCUUCCCCCCGCCCCUGCAGGUGCAGCGCGCCAAGGUGCUGCAGCUCGCCAAGAGGGGCCUGUGA